AUCCAGGGGCAGCCACAGCUUCUCUGUGUAACCUGUGCCAGGGCGUCCCCACCCUCACAGGGAAGAAUUUCUUCGGUAUAGCCAACCUAAAUGUCCCCUUUUUCAGUGUGAACUCAUCACUCCUUGUCCUGUCACUACACUUCCUGCUGCAGAGUCCUUCUCCAGCUCUGUUGUAGGCCCCUUCAGAUCCUGGAAGGCUACUGAGUUCUCCCUGGAACCUUCUCUUCUCCAGGCUGAGCAGCCCCAGCUUUCUCAGCCUGUCUCCAUAGGGAAGUUGCUCCAGUCCCCCUACCAACUUUGUGGCCUUCUCUGGACUUGCUCCAACUUGCUUCAUCCUUCCCAGUUGUGUCCAUGGAGGCUGUUCCCUCUGUGCUGGGGCUGGUUUGGGCAGGGAGCUGGAACACUGCAGAGAGUGGCUUGGGCAGUGCCCAGGCACAUUGUCCUGCUGCUGGAGGUGACCCAGAGAGCACGGCAGGGCAAGGCAGGGCACACCAUCCUCCUCCAGCACUGAAUUCCCAUCUUUGGAUGCUUGACUUGGUUUAUCUGAGCCAAGCAGGACAACAACAGGAUGGAUGCACAGAGGGGAUCAGCUCAGGGGUUUUCUUUAUUCUGUUUUAAUAUGCCAAUACACAACUCUGCCACAAAAGCCAAUUUUGAAGGCAUUCCUGUCUGGGAAGCACAAGGAAUGCUCGUAGGCAGAAAAUUCCAGGACCCUGGAGGGCAGAAAGGAGCUGUGUCAGCUGGAGAGCACGGGGUGGCCUGUGCUGUGGGGUAGGCGUGCUCAGAGCUUGAGGAGAGCUGUCCUACACCUCCAACUCUGCUUCACAGCAAGCUUUGCUUUGGGACUUCCACACUUCAGAUCCUCAUGGAAUCAUUGUGGGAAGGGGAAUUCGGCUUCUGACUCAAACAGUCCAGGGCAUUGGUUCGGCAGAAAGUUGGAGAUGGGCGUUUCAAAGCUCGGGUCAGUUCAGAGAGAUUCAGCAGCUCAUUUCUGGAAGCAUUUUGGCUUAGAAUAAUGGACUUGUGCAAAAGAUUUUUGUUUUCUUAUGCCCAAACUGCUGUGCCCAGCAGGAUGUUGGCAUUUGGGGUGAGAGUCAGUGAGGACAGGCCCGGGGCGAGAGAAAAUCCGCAGGAGUCUGCAGAUGUGGAAGAACUUUGUCCUGGGUAUUGGGUCCCAGGAAAACAAGCAGGGUUUGAGCUCUCCCAGUGUUGAGCCUGCCUGGAAAGGGGCCUCUCCCCAGGCUGGGAGAGGCUUCCAUACUGCCCCAGGCUUCCACCCUCUCUCCCACAGGCGCCACGACAGCAGUGGAAGUGGGCAAUCAGCGUUUGAGCCGCUGGUAGCCAACGGUGCCCCCGCCUCUCUCAUACCCAAGCCGGGCUCUCUGAAGAGGGGCCUUGUCUCUCACUGCCCCGACGACUGCUCCAACAAGAGGUCCCGCACGUCCUCCAUGAGCUCCCUCAACAACACGUACUCCGGGGGCAUCCCCAGCUCCAUCCGCAACGCCAUCACCAGCUCCUACAGCUCCAGCCGGGGCCUGGCACAGCUGUGGAAGAGAAGGGGUGUGAGCGUGUCCCCACUGUCCAGCCCAGCGUCCUCCCGUCCCCAGACCCCAGAGUGGCCUCUGAAGAAAGCCAGGGAAGAGGAGUCACAUCGUUCCAACACUUCCACCCCAGUGAAGUCAGACAAGGAGCUGCAGACAGAGAAGGUGGCGGAGUCGCCGGUGUGGAAGAAGCAGAAUUCCCUGAGCCCGCCGUCGGCGCCGGGGAGCAGCGGGAAGCGCAAGCGGAAGAUCCCGUUGCUGUCGUCGCUCCGUGGGGACCAGCUGGUGCUGCCCCCGCCGCCUCAGCUGGGCUACUCCAUCACCUCGGAGGACCUGGAUGCGGAGAAGAAGGCAAUGCUGCAGUGGUUCAACAGUGUCUUGGAGGAUAAGGCUGAUGCAGUCCCCAGCACCACUGCAGAGAUGACGCCCGUGUCCAAGCCUCUGGUGUUCACCGUGACCUCCUCAGGGCCUGCACCUGCCUCCACAGCUCCUACAUUGGCCAGCUCCUCACUCCUGGACAGCCUGAAGAAGAUGCAGAGCAGCCAGGCUGCGCCCACAGCACCAGACACCACUGGAGCUGCAGCAGCAUCCCAACCACCUCCAUCAGCUGCCCAGCCACCCGCCCCCACAGUGUCGCUGGAGUCGAGCUCUCUGCCUGACACCUCUGCUGACAUCAAGCCUGUGCCCGUGCUGAGCACACCUGCCCCCCCUGCCCUGGGGGUGCAGCCCCCAAACAGCCUGGCACCUUCUGCGUUCACUGAGCUGGGCCAGACCCCCAGCAAAUCUCCCUCUCUCCCGAAGCCAAGCAUCCUGUUUGGAAUGCUGAAUACCCCUCCUGCCAGCCAGCCAGCGGCGACUGUGGCCUCUGCUGUGCCCACCACGGCCACUGCCAUGCCCAUUACAGCCACUGCUGCGCCCACCCCGACCACUGCUGUGCCCACUGCAGCCACUGCCAUGCCCACCACGGCCACUGCCAUGCCCACCCCCAUGUUCAAACCCAUCUUCGGUGCUGUGCCGAAGAGUGAGAGCACGGCAACCUGCACGGCUGUCACCUCCACCACAGCCACCAUGUCUGCGAGCUCGGGCCCUUCCUCGACAUCCUCCACCACCACCACCAUGUUCAAGCCCAUCUUCGGCAGCGUCACCGCGGCUUCGUCUCCAGCGAAAGUCUCUCCUUUCGCCUUCAAACCGACGGCACAACCAGCCCCAGAGCGGCCCGGAGCCUCCUCGCCUACCCCGGUGUUCACGGGCCUUCCCAACAUCAUUUUCACCACUGCAGCUACAACAGCCACCACCCAGAGCUCCUCCACGGAUGCCACCAUUAAACCUGUCUUCAGCUUCGGACUGACCCCUCCCGCCUCCACGGGCCCCGCCGCCAGCUCGGCUGUCACCGUCACCGCUGCCACCUCCACCAGUGCGGCACAGCCCUUCCUGUUCGGGGCCCCGGCCAGCUCCGCUCCCAGCACAGAAACCAACUUUGCCACCCCAGGGCCCGUGUUCCAGUUUGGGAAGCCACCUCUGGCCACGGUCACUGCCACCACCACUGCCCCAGCAGGCCCUGCCUUUGGCCAGGCACCUUCAAGUUCCACAGCUGCUGCCACCACCACUGCGGGCUUUAGCAUAUUUGGGGGCACCACACUGACCUCCUCUGCCCCAGCCACCACAGCUCAAGCGCCGCUGACAUUCGGCUCCUCCGUUUCAGCUUUUGGCAGCUCCUUCAGCGCCGGUGCAAAGCCACCACCGCCGUACCCCAGCACUGGGAGCGCCUUCAGCGCCGGGGCUGCCGACAGCCAAGCGUCUGCCAGCAAACCCGCUGCUGGCCCCGUCAGCUUCGCCCCCCCGUUCAGUUUCGGAGCCCCCCUGGCACAGUCGGCGGCUCAGCCGGCGUUCGGCAGCGGCGCCCAGACAGCCUUUGGCACGACCAGCGCCCCGGGCUCCUUCGGCACCAGCAGCACCCAGGCAGCGUUCGGCGGCACCACC